CUCAUUUUAAUUACAGUGAAACUAAUCCAAGAGUUUGUAACACUUUCACAUUAAGGAUCAAUUAAAUAUCCUGACAACAGAACCAUUAAAAAAAAUUUUUUUUUGUUUUUCAUUUCGGAAAAAAAUUUUUUUUCUUUUCGUGAUUAUUAUUAUUAUUAAUAAUAUUGAAAAACAAAUGAAUUUUUAAAACAAGGAAAAACCGCCGUUAACAACCACUUUUAAAUGAAUCAUUUAAUUUAUUAUAUUUCAGUGUUACAUCAUUACGUUUUCCUUCAUCUAUUUCAAUAACUACAUCAUCAUUCAAUGGUUCAUUAACAACUUCACCAAGUUCAAUAACUAGUACAAAACCAUUAUCACCACAAUAUCAAACUAGUAGUAUUCGUCAGUCUAUACCACGAGCAAAUAAUUUAGUGGAUAUAAAAGUAAAAACUCAAAAAUUAAGUCAAUCUCAUAAAAAGUCAUAUGAUUAUCAAAAUAUUAAUAAUUAUACAGUGAAUAGUGAUAUCAGUAAUCCGUGUAAUACUAAUAAUAACUCAUCUGUAACCCGAAGUAAUAAAUUACAACAGAAAACACUUACUACUCCAAUAUCAUCAUUAUCAUCGACAAGAAUAAUAACAACAACAACGUCAAUAACAGCAGUGACAGCAACCUCACCUACAACCACGACUGUACCAGGAUCAUUAAUCUUGAAUAUUAAACAACAGCAACAACAACAUAGACAACAGGAUACUUUUAGUGAUGUUGUAUGCGAUUCAACAACAACAGAUGAACUACAAUCACAACAACAGAACUCGUUAUCUGAGCCCAAAAGUGCUCCAGUCGGUAUUAGCCCUAAUCAUUCAAACAAAUCAAAUAUAUGCAAUCAAUUUAAAGCGUCCAGUUUUGAAAGAUCAGGAUUAAAAUCUGUAUCUGAUUUGAAUAUUAAGUCAUCCAGAACAAAAUCCAAUCAUCAUCAUCAUCAGCAGCAGCAGCAGCAACAACAACAGCAUCAUAACAACUAUCAUCAAAAACAAAGAAAUUCUCCAUCACCAAAAAAAUCAAUAAUCAAUAAACUAUCACCAAGUGAAAUCGAUAGAAAUAAAUUACAAAAUUCUCAUUAUAUAACUAAUUUAUCACCAAAAUUAUCUUUGGAACAAAAAUUAAUCAAGACAACAGAGAUUAUCUCGUCUACAAUAGAGAAUAUAUUACCAUCAUCAACAAUAACUUCAUCUGGUAUACCAAUGCCACGUCAAUUAAAUUUAUAUCAACAAUCUAAUAUGAAUUCAUAUCAUAUGUCAUCAUCAUCAUCAUCAUCCUCUUCAAAGAUUAAAGAAUCCCCAACAAAAAUCGAUCGUAUUCCAUAUAUGAAUUAUCCAAUUCAAAAUCAAUCAACUUUAGAUAAUCAUUCAAUUAAUAAUACAACUUGUCAUAUGAAUAUGAAUAGUAUAGAUAAUACAUAUCAAACAACUAAUAUUCAACCACGUAUAACAUUAAGUCAAUAUUAUCAUAAUACUACUACUACUACUACUACUACACAGAAACAAUAUCCAUAUUCAAUAAACUAUAAUCAAUCAAUAACAUGUAUGAAUAAAUUAUCUGGAAAUAUUAUACAUACUACUACUAGUACUAGUACUACUACUCCUACUCAUCCUCCUGCUCCCCAUACUACUACUACUACGACGACGACGACUACGACUACACCAAUGAAUAUUCAUCAACAAAAUACAACAAAACGAAUAACUACAUCUCAAGAAAUAUCAUCAUCAAUGAAUUAUUCACCUUCUCUACCACCACCGCUGCCUCAUCAUCAUCAUCCUUCACAUUAUCAUCAACAUCAUUCUAUCCAAUAUCCAAAUACAUUUAUUUCGGGAACAAAUGAAUUUCACCAUCCAAUUACACCAGAGCGAUCUUAUUCAAUCAAUUCAAUAUCAACAAGCACAAUACAACCAUUAAUGUCUAAUUAUCUUCAUGAUACACGACGUUAUAUGACAGGAGACAGUAUAUUUGAACAAAGGACUAAUCAACAACAACAACACUUUCAAUCUACCCAACAAACUCAUCAAUCUCAUCAUCAAACAAUACCGCUUCAAUCAAAUUCACACAUUAUCAAAACUGGUAUUCCUUAUUCAAAUGAUACUAAUAUUAUUUGUUCUACAGUUAACCAAUCAAUACCCAUAGGUCUACCACCACCACCACCACUACCGCUCACACAAUGUGCACAAAUACACAAUCAUUCAUCCAAUGUAAACAUACAACAAUACUCACCGAUAAUUCAACCAUUUGUUCCACCGAUUUCAUAUCGUCCAGCUACUCAAGCGCCGAAUUCCAAUUUUAUGCCAGUUACACACUGUAAUUAUUCAAGUGUAACAAAUGCCGCUCCUACUGUUGCCAUAACGACGACGACCACUACUACUACUACUACUACUACUACUACUACUACUACUACUACUACUAUUUCUACUAUCAAUGGUAUUACUACAACUACGAUUAUAAACAAGAAUAAUGCAAUUAUAAGUCGUCGUGUUAGAAUUCAAGAGACAAAUCAAGCUCAAAAUGUAUCUAAUCAUCAAUCCAUGCAUUCAGUACAACAAGUUAAUAAAACAUCAUUGAUAACAAAAACUAGACAAGAAAUGAAUGUGACUACUACGACUUGUAGUAGUAGUAGUACACCAGCCAAGCUGACAUACAAAUAUUUGCCUAAUAUAUCCUCUCAAACACAAAAUGUGAAAGAAGCUAUCCAACCUUCAUCAGAAACUACUCAUUCAGAUUAUUUUCAUUCUCAAUCUGGUACACUUAAUCCUAUCCAAUCUACUGAAAUAAUUACAACAGAGACCACAUCAUCAGGGUUAAUAUCACCAACUCUACCAGUAAUCAAUAUAGAACAACAAUCAUCAUCAUCAUCAUCAUAUCAUAGAAGUUUAAGUAAAAAAUCCAUAGACAAUACAGAACAACGUCGUAAAGCUCGUGAAUUAUAUGUUGCUUUAAAACAACGUUAUCCAUCAACUAAUCAUAAUAACACUAUAAAUAAUGAUUCUGUAAAUCCACAUCGCCGUCAUCAUCAUCAUCGUCAACAACACCAUCUUAAUAAUGAUGAUGAUGAUAAUGAUAAAAUACAAACAUCUGAUAUGAAAACUAUUCUAAAACCAAAUCAGAAUAAUGAAACGAACCAACAUAGAAAUAACACAUUGAUUACUCAAUCCAUUGAACAAACUAAUACAAAUCCAAUAACUAUACAAACAUUACAACAAUCGAAUACUUUAACUGAUGAUAAUCUAUCAAAAAAGAAUCAAUUAAUAAAUCAAUAUUAUUCAGAAAGUAAUUUACAAUUAAUCCCAUCAAAAUCCAAUGAAAUUCAUCGAAAUAAUCUUGAUCCACAACAACAACAACACCACCACCGUCACCAACAGCAGCAACAACAACAACAACAGCAGCAACAUCACCAACAACAACGGCAACAACAGCAACAUCAAGAGCAACCUCAACAACAACAGCAAUUACAACCCAAUCCAUGUGUAUCAGAGAAAGUUGAUCUAUAUAAAAGUAAUUCAUUACAAUCUAAUUUCAUGAAAGAACAUUUAAUGAUGAAUAAGAAAUGUAAUUCAUCCGAUAAUAAUAAUAAUCAUCAUCAAAUGAAUCGAAUCUAUUGUGGUUAUCAAUCAGAUAGUGGAAUAGAAUGUAUUAAUUUACCAAUUCAUAAUAUAAAUUUCACAUUACCAUUACAAACAAAACAAUCAAAUAUAAAUGAUCCAUUACAUCAUACGAAUAUAAUUGGAUCAUUGCCAAGAAAUUUACAUAAUCCUUAUUCUAUGAUAUAUCAAUCAAAGAUGUUAAAUUUCAAUUCUAUGAAGUCAUCUAUUCAUCACAUUGAUGUUCAUCAUGAACAACAACAAUCUCAACAACAAGGAGGAGGAGUUGGAGGAAGAGGUGGUGGUGGUGGCGGUGGAGACGAAGAAGAGAAUCUAGGCAAUUAUGCACGUCGUAUGCAUGAACGAUUACAAGAAGGUAUGAGAGAAGCGCAAGAAUCAUUAUGGAUGCCUGAUUUACCAGAAUUAAAUAGAAUGAAUCGAUUAAGUGACAGUUCAUCAAUGAAUAAUAAUGGUAAUAGUAAUUCAUCAACCGCACAAUUAUCUGAUGGAAUGACAAAUUUAAGUUCAAGUAUCGAUAGAAAAAAACAAACAAUCAUGAAAAACAUCAAAACAGAACCUCCAAUUCAAUUAAAUGAAAAAAAUUCUAACAUGGACAAUUGUUUAUUACCAUCAUCCUCAACACCACCAUCAUCCUCAACACCACCAUCACCAUCAUCAACAUCAACAUCAGUAUCACCAUCAUCACCAUCACCAUUCAUUAACUCUAUAAACAAUAAUAAUAAUCAUUCUGAUUAUUCUAUUCAUAAACAAUCGAAUAUUUAUUCCCCCGUGAAUUCAAGAUUUUAUUGGUGUCAUAAAUUACAUAAUAAUCAACCAAUCAUAAACAAUUUCCAUUUACAAUCCCUUAGUAACAAUAAUAAUAAUAAUAAUAAUAAUAAUAAUAAUAAUAAUAAUGAAUAUACUAAUAUGGAUAUAAAAAAUGGUGUAUGUUCAGAUGUGGAAGAUUUAUUAAAUCAACACGAAAGACGAUUAAUGUCCAUUUCAGGAACUGAAAACGAUAAGAAAACCAAUGAAUUAACACGAUUCAACUCAGCUUCAGAUACAGAAGAAUUUCUUUCUAAUGACUAUAAAAUUCAAGCAUCGAUAAGAGCUAUGAAUUAUGGUUACAUGGGAUGUGAUCCAAUUCAACCUUCACCAUAUAAUUGGUUACGUAAAGUGAAUAACAAUGAAACUGUUGGAGAUGGAUUGCAUAAUCGUUAUUUUAUUCCACCAAGAUUAUGUAAUCUAGAUUCUAGUAUAAAUCAGUCAGAUAAACUUGUUUCCGCAUCGGGUAUAUCACAACAGCAAACUUUACUGACAAGAGCAAGACGACGACAAAUUGACGGUAGAUCAUUAUCAUCGUCUAUCGCAAAGCAUGAUGAUGCUGAAAGAAUUUAUGGAAUUGUUCCAUUAUCACCAUCUUAUUUAUAUAAUCAAUUCAUGCCAUCUACUGGUUUAAUGAUUAAAGGAAUGAUGAGUAAUAGUAGUAGCAGUGGUAAUCGAACUAAUCAAGAUAAUGAGAUAAAUUUACCAGGAACUAUAAGUGCACCACCUGGAACACCAAUUAAAUUACCAUAUGCUGCUCCAGCCAGUCUAAUUGGUACAACAUCUGGCUUUAGUUGCCCAGAAUCUGGUUCACAAAUAAUCAGUGGAUUAGGAGUGAAUGGUUCAAGGCUAUCGCUUACUUCAAAUGGAUCUUGUGUAUCUACGGUAGAGGAAAAACAAGCUGAAGAAAUACAAAAACUUAAACGUAAACUUGAACAAGCUGAGAAAAAAGUUAGUGAAUUAACAACACAAUUAACAACGAAUGUAAGUUCAUGGUAAAUUUUCUUUCUUUCUUUCUAUGAAUCUGUCAAAUUUCUUCUUUCAUUCUCUCCUUCCUUUCUACUUUCCUGCUUUCCUUCCUUCUUUCUCUCUCUCUUUCCUCCUUUCUUUCUAAUAAUAAAUGCGACCAACGAUUUCAGUAUGACUAUCGACAGAUGAAACAAUCACCAUUUCAACAUUAAUCUAAUGUCCUAAUUUGAGAUUAUUCUAAAUUAUGAAUGAUUAAGAGAUUUUGUUUCCUUUACGAAUAUGAGACAAGAUUUACGUAAACUAGACAAACCUGAUAACUAAUACAUGAUACAUACAAUUGUGAUGUGUACUACUUAUAUCAACAUAAGUAGUAUAUAACGCUAGUCAAGAAUAGAAUGUCUGGCAGCAGAAGGUCAAGAAGAUCGAGAAGAAAAGAACAUGAACAAAAAGCAACUGGUAUGGUAAUGCAGGAACAAUGAAAUCUGAGACGAUUGAUAGAUAUUUUGCAAAUGAAGUCUUCACUGUAUGGUUCUUUGAUUUUACUAAGAGAUUCCGUAAUUUCGUGUUCACAUACGUUCGAUUGUACCAACUUGUGUUCUCGUUCGCUACAUUAUGACUAGAAUUGUACGUCCACUUGACUGAUGAGAGACUAAAGUGAGAAAUUAGGACUUCAUUGAAUAAACGUGUUAUUCAAAGAAAUCGUAAUUGCAACAGAACAAUUUUAUUUAAAUUAAGAAAGGGGUUUUGUAGAUAUUAUAGUAAUUUAAUGGUUGAAUUCAUGAGACAAUUGAAGCUAGACCACCAUGGAAAACCUGGAAGCACCGGACGGCCGUUUCGUCUCAGAAUGGGACUCCUCAACAGUGCGCAUCGACGAUCCCGCCGCUCGUGAGAUUUGAACCCAGGACGCAUCACUCUCACGUGUGACCGCUUAACCAUUAGACCACUGGUAAUAAUCAACUGCUCACUAGUGACUGACUUCAAGAAAUAAUCCUGGAGUUUUAGUGAGAAGCCGUUACCAAUGGAGUUCAACCAGAUCUGUUGUGAGAUAUCAACUCACUGAAGACAAUGGUGUACAGUGGCGCAACUUCGUGGAUUGGUUGAAGUUAGACAUUAACACCGUUGGAUGCCGGCUCAGUGGUCUAAUGGUUAAGUGCUCGCGCGCGAAACUAGCAGGUCCUGUGUUCGAAUUUCUUGGGGUGGCGGGAUCGUGGGUGCGCACUGCUGAGGAGUCCGAUUCUAGGACGAAACGGCCGUCCAGUUCUUGCAGGUUUUCCAUGGUGGUCUAGCUUCAAUUGACUGAUGAUUUCAAUCAGUGGAAUAGGGUUUUGACAAUAUAGCUGAUGUCCGUUCGUGAUGAAAAUCCUUAAUCUAAUUACUAAUCUUAACCAUCAUACUGUAAAUCAUAGUUCUAAUUCUUCACACAGGUUUACAACCCUCAUUUGAUCCUGGUUAUUAGGUGAACCCUCUCAAGGUCAGUCUAGCAUCACUCAAAGGUCGUCCAUAAAUUAUAAUCUCACCGUUAUUUCAUGUAGAUUUAUGAAUUGAACCAAUUACAAUGUAAAUAUUAUUGAUAUUUAUAGUUUGAUAGAAUGUAUCCAAGGUGUUUAACAUUUUAUCGCAUUCAUGAAGCUAUCAUAGAUCAUUUUAAUAGUUUUGAAGUUUCUCUAAUAUUAUUGUGUUCAAUUCCAUGUGAAAUGAAUCAAAAUAUCUUAUUUUUACUAAUAGUUUCAUAGGAGCGAAGUCAAUUAGUACUAAUGAUAACAGUUAUAAUGAUCAAUAUAUGAAGUGGUUUUAAUAAAGUUUUGUUCUCUGAUUUGGAUGGUUUGGUCGUGGACGUCAUCAGCACAAACUCUAACCUGAUGUUUGCGCUGAUGACGUCCACGACCAAACCAUCCAAAUCAGAGAACAAAACUUUAUUAAAACCACUUCAUAUCUUUCUUUCUGCGAAUUAAUUCUUUCUUCCUGUACCAUAUCCUUAUGUGCAAUCUUUCUUCUAUAUAUUACCACCAAUGAGUUAACUACUUCUAUGAAUUUGCUCUUCAUCUUGUUGUGCUAAUGAGGUAUGGCAACUUGGACCGAUGUACAUAUGUGCCUGGUUGUACGUUGUAGCUGAUUGACUGACCUCAGUUACAAAUCUCCACCAUCUAAAAGUAUUUGAAGUAUGUCUUAUCUCUAAUGGUGUAAACUAUAAAUUUUAUCAAUCAGAUGAUAAUAUAUGACAACGUGAUCAAAUGUACAGUGUUAGAUAGUUGGAGGCAACUAAUAAGAGGCCGGUUGAAUAGAUGGCCUAAGUUCCAUUCUAGUUAGUAUCAGUUAAUCAAUCACUAAGUAAAAAAUUCAAUUGGUUACUACCCAAUAUGUUUAAAUCUCAUCCCUAAAUUAAAAGUCAAUUACAGUAUGAAUAACUGAUUAUUAACAUUUAUGAAUAUGGUUAGUUCAAAUCUCACAGGGUGGUUCGUAUCAGUUCUUUCAUGAAUGUAAGUGUAGACUUUAUUCGUAUUAAAUAUCAAGCUGGAUGAAAUGUAGGUCUUAACGCGGCCUUCUGACAAAUAUGCAUUCAACUAUUAAACUUCAUCAAUAAUGAUAAUUUACAUUUAUAAAUGCGUUAGUGAAAUUAUAACAUUCCAAUGAAUUUUCAUUUUAUUCUAAGUAAUAUUUGCUUAAUGUUAUAAGAUGGUGGUUGGAGAUAGUUAACAGGAAACCCUGGACCUGCAUGGCACCCGUCAACAAGGUGUACCUCCAACCACCAUCUUAUCUCAGCAUAGUGCAUCCAAUAUCGAGUCACCUAGACUGGUGGCCACAUUGCAACUUGAUCGAUAGGAUUCAAUCUGCACUAAGAAAGAACUGACAUACAUGACAUUGAUCACCACCCACUGAUCAAUUAAUUAUCCUUAAUGUUAUUCACAGCAAGUAGUAACAUGUUGGCAACAUACUUGAAUAAAUAAACUUUAAAAAGGUUUUAUUCCUUAUAAUGAUUUUGUUAACAUUUAUGUUUUCCUAUAUAAUAUUUAUUGACAUUUUCAUGAUAUUUUUGGCAUAUCUAUACAAAGAGUAAAUAGAUAUUAAUGCAGAAAACAAGAAAUACAUUCGAGAGGUUUUCAAGGCAUCCCAACAUAACCUUAAUCUCUUCAUCAACAUUAAUAAUAAUAAGCGUACAUAUCUCACAUGGAAAGAAUGAAUAUUUAAUAAUUUUCCAUUUAAAACUCCCCCCUAACACACAUACACAAACAUUUACAUACACUGUUUGAGUGUUCCCUUCGCAUCCAUAUACACCUCUGAUUAAAGCGAGAGAGAGAGAGAGAGGGAACAGUUUUCAAUAAGUGUAUUCAUUAGUUUUCUUUAUGUCAGUGAAUACAUGUAUAUGCACUGGACGGCUGUUUCGUCCUAUUGUGGGAAUCCUUAGCAGUGCGCAUCCAUGACCCCGUCUCGUGGGAUCCGAACCCAAGACCUACUGGUCUCACGCAUGAGCGCUUAACCACUAGACCACUCAGCUGGCUAGCAUCCAACGGUGUUAAUAUCUAACUUCAAUUAAUCCAUGAAAUUUAGCGACACAUCCACCACUGUCAUCAGUGAGUUACUAUCUCACAACAGACCCGGCUGAACUCCACUGGUCACUGCUUUUUACUAGAACUCCAGGAAAUACAUCUUGAAGUCAGUCACUAGAGAGCAUUUGUUGAUUAGUAUCAGAAGGAGUUUUAUGGAGACUGUAAUAAUUUUGAUAAUUAAGAUCAUGAGUCAAUUGAAGCUAGAUCACCAUGGAGAACCUGGAAGCACUGGAUGGCCGUUUCAUCCUAAUAUGAAACUCCUCAGUAGUGCACGUCCACCAUCCCGUUUCAGUGAUUUAGUAGUUAAGCACUCACGCGCGAGACUGAUAUGUCCCGUGUUUGAAUCUCGCUGGGAGGAUGGGUGAGCACUGUUAAGGUGUCCCAUACUAGGGAGAAUCCGCCGUCCAGUGCUUCCAAGUUUUCCAUGGUGGUCUAGCUUCACUUGUCUCAUGAAUUUAACUAUUAAAUUACUAUAAUUUCUACAAAACCCCUCUCUAAUUAUGAACAUAAUAUAAAUGUUAGAUUUCAUAAUAGGUUUUGGUGGAGUUUUGUUCUCUGAGCUGGAUGGUUUGGUUGUGGAGCUUUCAUCGUUCUUCUGAAUGACAUCAUCAGCACAAACUUCAGAUAGGUGAUUACCGGAGUAUUACAAGUCAAUAAAAGGUUUUUCUUUAAACAAAUAAUAGUACACAAUUGCAUAAUUCUAUACGCACUGAAUACAUACAUCUUUUUUCAUACUCAUCAUGAUGAACAGUCAUGAGAAUAUGUUUCCUAAGAGUGUAAAUGCUGCGAUAGCAACAAAAAAUUAAAAUAACCUAUUAAUUCGAUCGAUACAGUAUUACAUAAGUAGGCAUACGUGUAUAUAUAUAUAUAUAUAUAUAUAUAUAUAUCGAAAAACAAAACCGAUUCACUACCGGUAAAUUGUAGUAACUGUAGUGAAUGUGCCCGUAUAUACACACACGCACACAUACAUUGCUGCUUUAUGGACACUUGUUUGUUUGGUUGUUUGCUUGAAAAUUAAAUUGUCGAAUAGAUAUUUCCAAUUCGUUUUAACUUUCAAACUAUAAAUACACUUCACAUUCCUCAAGAACCGAUCAAUAAGAAGAAUGGGGGUGUAUGGGUGUGUGUGUGUGUAUGCACGCACGUUUAUAAAGUGUAAUACAAUGGUGCAUGAUCCCAGUUUUCUUAAAUCGUUUCUUAAAAAACAUAGUAAAGAUUCCUUUGUUCCUAUGGCUAUGUGUUAUUAGCAUUGUCUAUGUAUAUAUAUGAUUAUGUCUAUCAUUGUAAAAAUGAACAUCGUAGACAUGUACAUAGAUAUCCGAAGGGAUGGUUUUAAAUUAGUAGAAUAACAUCGAACAUUUCCAAUUGAAUCAUUCAAAUGUGCUUAUAUGUCUCUAGGUCGGAUACAUAUGUGCAUUUUAUGUGUAUCUAUAUAUUCUUUGAAGUUUUAUAAUGUUUAACAGUUGAAUAGUCAGCAACUAGGAUUCUAUUUCUGAUCAUCAUCAUCAUCAUCAUCAUCAUUAUGAUGCCUGAAUAGGUACGUAUACAUACACAUACACACACGCUGAUAUUCUUCAGUAUCGAAUAGUCUAUAUAAUUGUGUAUUAACGAAUUAAUGUACAUAUGUACAUAUACUUACAGACUAUUCUACAGUAAAUUCUUCUUUUAAAAAAUAUCAUAUUCAACAUUCAAAUGAUCUUGUAUAGCUUCAAUGGAUGGAACACAUAGUUGAAAGUUUAUUUUACUCUAUGGAAUAAUACUACUUAUAUGAUUACUUACCUAAACUAUAAGCUUUUUCUUCCACUUGGAUUAUAUUACUCCAUUCUCUUCUAAAAUAAAUAAAUAAGGGAAUAAUGGAUGCUCUAUAUCCGAAUUUUUAUUCACUGACAUCAGUUACCUCAGAACCAUUAGAUCCACGUGUACGUCGUCGUUCACUUAUAUGGAGUAUGAAUAAUACAACGAUAACAACGACAACGACAACAACAACAACAACAGUAACGACUACUGCUCCUAUCAACACUAUAAAUACUACUAAUAACGAUACUACUAUUAUUACUUCUAGUAAUAAUAAUAAUAGUGUCAAUGAUAGUACUAUUAGUAGUAACGUUAUAUUACCUAAAACAUUUAAUGAUAAUAUUGUUAUUGUCCCAACAAAUAUUCCAAAUUAUGAUUGUUCACAAAAUGUUCAAUCAAAAAACAAUACCGGAUUAAUGAUUCGUCGACGUAGUGUAAGUUCUAAUCCAUUCAAUCGUAAUUCAUUAUUAUUAUUAUGUAAUACUAAUGAUCAAUUCAUUCAUAGAAAUAAUAAUAUCAAUAAUCAAUCACCGAAUUCAACACCUCCAUCUUCACCACGAUUGUUUACUGAUAACCAUCUAUCAACAAGAAAUUCUAUAUUAACAACAUUCCCUCAACCAAUCUUAUCUGACUUGUCAACAGUUUCAUCUAACAAUUCAAUAAAACAUCAAAGAAGAGAUCAUUCAAAGAUAUCAAUUAUAGCCUGUAAUAAUAAUAAUAAUAAUAAUAAUAAUAAUAAUAGUACAUUGUCACCAUUAAGAAGUCGAAGAAUAGUUCAUCAACCUAUACAAUCAAUAACAAAUGAAAAAUUCAAUCAUCCAAUGACUUCAAUUCGAAUGACUAAAAAUCAUGAUCAAAUGAUUCAAGACAGAUCAUAUCUUAUGAAAGAUGAAGAUUAUUCUCUUCAUCAACAAUAUAAACAAUCUUGUGAACAUCACAAACAAAUAGAGAAUGAUCUAUUAGUCAAUAAUCAUCGAAAUACUUAUUCAACUCCUGUAUAUUCUAUAAAUAGUAAUUUAAGUAUACAAUCUGCUAUCAGUUUACAAUCAUUAGAUCAACUUAAAUCAAUUAAUCAACCGAAUCAAACCUAUUCAAUUGGGAAUCAUCUAGUUACUACUAGGGAAUGUUCAGUCACAGAGCUAAAUAAUAAUUCAUUGCAAUAUUGUUAUUAUCAAGUACCUUUCAGUGAAUGUCAACAUCAAUAUUCAUCAGCUUUUCAACGAUCCGAUUCUUUUACAAAGACAUCAUCAUUAUUACCAACGAAAACAACAAGUGCAUUGCCUAUUGGUAAUGUAACAUUCAAUAGUAUAACUUCCCCAAUUCAAUCGAAUACACUACAUAAGAAUAGAAUCCGACCAAUAGAAAGAAGACGUUAUACUCAAUAUGGAAUUACUUAUCAGCAUAAUAAUAAUAAUAAUAAUGAAUUAGAAAAUGAAAUGAUCAGAUUAAAACAACAACAACAACAGUAUACUGCAAUUCCACAAAUGUUGACAAGAUCUUCUCAAUUGUCUAAAACUCAUUCAAAUGUAUAUGAACAAAAUGGUACUUGGUCAACAUAUACAUCAAUAAUUACUGAUCUACAUAUGAAUAAUAAUAGGGAUUUACCAAUAUUAUCAAAUAUAAGGCGUCAAAAACCAGUCAAUAGUCGAAGGGCUCAUGUUGUCUCAGCUUUUGAACAAAGUUUAAACAAUAUGUCACAACGACUACAGAAUUUAUCAAAUACCACAACAAGGAAAGAUUCAGAACUACAUGAAUUAAGAGCAACAAUUGAUGCAUUACGUAGUCAAACAGAAUUAGGACUAUUAAAAAAACCACCAAUUAAUCGACCUUGUGAAUUGAAUAGAUCAUUUACUAAUGAUACAUUGAAACAACAAGAAAACUCAUGUAUUUCUACUACUACUACUUCUACUUCUACCACUACUAUUAUUACUACUAAUGCUAGUUCCAAUACUGGUAUUAAUAAUGAGAAUGAACAAGCACAUAUUAAUUCAUGUUUAACAAUUUCAAAUGCAAGUCUUACUGAUGUAGAUAGUCAACAAUUACAAAUGGAUAAUUCAAUUGAUAAAGUAUCAUCUACCACAUCCGGUUGUAAAUCUUCAGGAACUAAUGUGAAGAAAAAUGGAUGGUUUCGUAAUUCACUUGGUAAAGCAUUCCGUAAAAAGACCACAUCAUCAUCAACACUAUCAAUACAUUCACAAAGUGAUAUAGAUUGUCCUACAUCAUCAAUACAACACAACUCUAUCUAUCAUAGUAACAAUAACAAUAAUAGUCUUCCUCCUGGACAUCCAUCCAACUUACCACAAAGUCCGACUAUGGAUCAUAAAGGAUUACCUAAUACUAUUAUAAAUCAAUCUAAUAUGAAUUCUAUACAAUCUAAUAGUCAUAUGAAUGCUUUAUCUGUCUUAUCCAAUACACAUUUAAAUGGUUCAUCUCCAUCGAAUUCAUCAACAUUAUCAUCGUCAUCAUCAUCAUGGAGUACAUUAGGAAUAAGUGGAAAUGGUCAAAAUAAUUGUAAUAUCAUUACAGCUACUACUACUACUAUUACUACUACUAAUAGUAGUAGUAGUAGUACUAUUGUACCAUAUACAAAUGAACAAAUUAAUCGUUUGAACAAUACACGAAUACAGCAACAACAACAACAGGACCAUCGACCAAUCCAUUCAAAUCAACUUAGUUGCCCAAAUUACUUAGUUAACUAUAAUGAUUCAGAUAAACAAAAUAAAUUAUUCAAUGUUGAAGGAGGUGACAGAAAUAUUCUGAACAGGAAUGAUAGUAAAUUAGAAUUAAAUAAACAAUCAUGUCAAGAUGAAUUGAAUCAUUUAAAAUGCCAAUUAGCUGAAAAAGAAUCUAAAUUAACUGAUGUACAAUUGGAAGCUUUAGCAAGUGCUCAUCAAUUAGAUCAAUUAAAAGAUGAAAUGUCACAUUUAUAUUCACAAUUAAAUUAUUUACUCAAUCUUAUUUUAAACAAUUCUCAACAUAAUAAUAAUAAUUCAUCAACCAAUUCUAUUUUAAAUAUUGGUAUCCUUUAUUUAACAAAAUUAUAUAAUUGGGAAUCUAUAAAUAAUCAUCUUGUUAAUUUAUAUAAUUUAUAUACAUCCUAUUUGAAUUUGAACGACCCGCGUGACCUUCAAAUGAAUGAAUUCAAACAAUUUCAAUUACAUAUUGAUUCAUUGAAUUAUACAUGGUAUAUUGAAUUUCAUCAAAAUACAUCAAAUUAUUCCAUUCAAUUUAUUGAUGGUGAUAAUAAUAAGAGAACAAUUCAAAAUCCUCAACAUUUAAUUAAUUUAAUUCAAUCUCAAUCAAAACAAUUCAAUAUUCAAUUAGUUAUGAAUCAUGAUUUAUUGAAUAUUGAACAACCAAAUUUAUUAGCGGAUCAUUCAAAUGAUUAUCAACAGAAUUUAUUUAAACAAUUAAAUAAUUUAAUGAUAAAAACUUUAUUAAAUCCCAAUAGUUAUGUAACAGAUUCAUCUUCAUUGAAAUUACAUCAUUUCAACUUAACUGAUAGUGAACAAACUACAAUGAAUGAUUUAUAUGAAUGUUUAUCACAAUAUAUGAAUAAUACAAUGAAUAGAACAGAACAAUUACCGUCUAAUUUAAUAAUUCUAUUCUAUAUUCAAUCAAUGAAUCAAAUGUCUAAUGAUGAUUAUUUGAAAAUUAUCAAUGAUUUUCAAGUUUAUUAUAAUGGAAAGAAAGAUGAUCCAAAUAGAACAUGUUCAAUAUAUCUAAUUGGUACUUGGAUAACAUCGGUUGGCAACAGUUCAAUUGAAUCAUCAUCAUCAUCGUCGCCGUUAUCAUCAAUCCCAGGUCCACUUCAAGAUCUAACAACAACAUCAUCAUCAAUGAAUGUGAAAUUGAUCUCAUAUCCAAACAAAUAUAAUAGUAUAUAUAAAUCUGUACAAUGUUUCAAUGAAUUAAUUUGUUGGAUCGAAAUAGACUAUUCAUUUAAACAAUCUUAUAUGAUAGGUGAUUUAAAGAAACAACUUGUUCAUUCAUUAGUUAAUGAAUUCAAUGAAAAAGCAUCAUCAUCUUCAUUAUUGAAUCAAAUGGAUCAAGAAUAUUUAGAUAAAUUUCAUAAUCAAUUGAAAUGUUAUGAAGAUCUUAUCAAAUGGAUUCAACAAUUGCAUAAUCAUUAUCAUGAAACCACAUUAGAAGAUACGCAUCAAUUUCAUUUGAUCAAUCCAUUAAUAUUUUUAUCUUUACCAUUUCAUGAUGAUUUCAGUAAUUCUGAAUUAUGGUUUAUUGAUUUAUGGAAUAAUCAAAUUGUAAAAAUGAUAAAAAAAUUUAUUGAUCAAUGGUCUAAUCAUCAUCAGAAAUCAAUAAAACAACCGGUAAAUUGUAUUGAUCCAACCAAUUGGAUUUUAUCAACAUGGCCAUGGCAUACAACAAAUUGGUUAGAAUGUUUUCAUAAACAUAAACAUAAUAAUACAUAUAUGAUAUCUCCACCAUGUUUAAUACAUCUUAUUGAAUGA